GUUUUUGUUCCAUACAUAUUCUUAUCGUUCUUUUGACUCCUGACUUAUCGAGCUGAGUGUUUGUCUUAAAGUAAUUAAGCUGUUUUCUCAAAAAUCCAGAACUUGUUGAGAUAAAUAUUUCAGAAGGAAGUAUUUCAGGUCUUCGUUUUAGGCUAGAAUAAUAUAAGGAAAAGAAACAAACUUCAUGGCUGAUAAAUACAAAUCUCUCUUGGUGUGGGAAGGAAUUGAGGAAGAUUCGGAAUGCGAAAAAUUUAAGCGUUACGUCCAGAAGAACUACAAAUUACAUUUUGAGUCUGAUAGAGAUUUUCAGAAAUGGUCAACAGAAAAUUUCCAAACCUAUUGGGAAGCUGUAUGGGAUUACUUUGAUGUCAUUGCUUCAAAACCUUACACACAGGUUUUUAGAAAGACAGGUCCAGGCAUUUUAGACUGCGAAUGGUUUGUAAACGCUCAAUUCAACUACGCUGAAAACAUUUUGAAAAUGCGAGAUGAUACCGUAGCAUUGAUGUUUGAGGAUGAGGAAGGAAAUACAGAUAAAGUUACCUUCAAUGAGCUCUAUGAAGAAGUGCAAUUAUAUGCAGCGACAUUUCGAAAGCAUGGACUUCAAAUCGGAGAUAGAGUCGCUUGUCAAAUGUCAAAUAGGAAAGAAGCUAUAUUUGCUUGUUUGGCAACAGUAAGCAUUGGAGCCAUCUGGGGAAGUGCUGUUCCUUACUUUGGUGCACAGGCGGCCACAAAUAUAAUAAGCAAAAUGGAACCAAAGUUUCUAAUAGUGGUUGACCGCCAUCUUGAUGGUGGAAAAGAAUAUAAUAUCCUUGAUCACCUGGAAUUUAUGGUGGAUGGAACACCUUCACUAGAAAAAGUAAUUAUAGUGCCUAGUAGACGUGAAACUUUAUCAAUGGAUAUUUCCCAUAUCAGAAAUAGUUGCUUCAUCGACAAUUUCUUAGAAACUGGAAAACUUCAGGAUGGUUCAGUUCCUCCAUUAGUUUUCGAACAACUACCCUCCAGUCAUCCUGUUUUCUUGUCAUUUACAUCUGGCACGACAGGCAUCGUAAAAGGGGUUGUGCAUUCAGCAAAGGUUCUUUUGCAUUCACUAGCUAACGUGUCUUUUGUUUAUGAUCUGAAACUUGGAGAUGUCUUUUUAAGUUAUUUUCCAAUGGGCUGGAUACCAAUACUUAAUUUCUUAUCAUGCUUGUCCAGAGGGGCCACUUUGUUUAUGUAUAGUGGAAGUCUGUAUCAUGUGAAAAAUAACCGCUCCUUCUGGAAUGUAGCGUCAGAAUGCAAAUCUUCAUUUUUGACAUUUAUACCCUGUCACAUCGAAAAGUUUGAGCAGAUAAAUUUAGUUCCUGAUCCAGAAUUAUCAUUUGAUAAGUUGAGGUUAAUAACUAUUGGAAGUUCUCCAGUGAAAGCACAAAAUGUAAAAUUUCUUCUCAAAUAUUUUCCAAGAGUGCUUAUUUCAAACAUGUACGGUGCCACAGAAUACUUUGGAAUGGUGUCUGGAAUAUAUAUGAAAUCCCCAAGCUAUGCAGGAGAAAUUCAACUUCCUUCUCUGGGUAUCGAUAUUCGUUGCUAUAACGAUAAAGGUGAAGCAGUUAUUGGUGAAAUGGGAACUUUGGUCAUCGCAACUCCCGCUCCAAAUCUGCCUUCGUAUUUAUGGAAAGAUACAGAUAAUAAAAUUCUUCAUUCAAAAUACCUUUCACAGUUCCCAGGUGUCUGGUGCCAAAGUGAUAACUGUAUUAUCAAUCCUGUCACCCAUGGCAUUUCCAUUAAGGGUCGAUGUGAUGAUACUUUUGUGCAAAAUGGUGAUCGAUUCGGACCAGAAGAUAUUUAUUUUGCAAUUCAUGGCAUUGAAGAAAUUGAAGAUUCAAUUUGUGUUGCACAAUAUAUACCGGAAAAAGAGGAAAGAGUAGUGCUGUUUGUUAAACUCAAAAAAGGUUAUGAGUUUACUCCGUCUUUUAAAUUAAAGAUAGAACGUAAAAUAGAAGAUGAACUCUUUGAGGAUCUUGUACCUAAAUUAAUAUUGCCCAUUCCAGAUAUUCCAUACAGCUUAAACAACAAAAAAACUGAAGGGAUCAUUCGGAAAAUUUUAGCUGAUAACAAAAUACCUGAUAUAGUAAACGUUAAAAAUCGAGAGUGUUUGAAAUACUACCUUGAUAUUCCUGAAGUACUGGAUUAUUAUAAGUUAUGAUUCAAGGAAACUACUUUUGAAGAUCGUAAGAUAUUUGAGAAUGAAUAAAAAAUAUCUGAAAUGGUGGUCACGGUAUAGUUUCUGGUGUAGAAAACUCAUUGGACUCAAGUUACUGUAAAGAAGAAACAUUUUACUUUGAAAUGUAGAGGCUACAAGCUUUUAGUGUAAAUAAAUAUUUACAAUGCACUU